AUGUACUUCGGUGCAUCAACAGGCGUUUCACUAGUGUCAGCUGAGUCCGACAACAAUGAGGAUGGAUUAACCACAGAUGAGGAUCGCGAGUGCACGAGCAUUCUUCGGCAGAUUCCAUGGCGAAGUCCGCAAUGCGUGUUCUCACCGAUCAAAUGCCUGUUCAGUCCUGAACGUCGACGAAUCGGUCGAUGA